AUGAAGCUCCGCAGCAAGGCGGCGGCGCUGCUCCUGCUCGCGCUGGCCGCGCUGCUGCUCACGCUGCUGUCCCUGCGCGCCGGCCGCGCCGAGCCCCCCGCGCCGCCCGCGCGCCCCGCGUCCGCCCCGCAGCGCCACCCCGCGCCGGGCCCCGAGCGCCUCCCGGGCGCGGGCGCCCUCCCCGGGGUCGGCCAGGGCGCUCGGAGGCGCCGGCCACCGCGUCCGCGCCCCGGAGCUGGCCGCCGGGGCGCGGCGAGCAUGGAGAAGUUGGCGAGGAGGUCCGGAGAACCCAGGAAUUUCCAAGCUGUUUUGCCACCUGAGCUCUGGAUCCACCUGGCCGUGGUGGCCUGUGGCAAUCGGCUGGAGGAGACACUGGUCAUGCUCAAAUCAGCUGUGCUCUUCAGCCACAGAAAGAUGCAAUUUCACAUCUUCACAGAAGAAUCUCUGAAGCCUGAGUUUGAUAAACAGUUACGACAGUGGCCUGACUCAUAUACAAAGAAGUUCGAGCACAGGAUCUACCCCAUCACAUUUUCAGUUGGAAACCCUCAGGAAUGGAAGAAACUAUUCAAACCUUGUGCUGCCCAGAGACUCUUUCUUCCGGUGAUUUUAAAGAAUGUGGACUCCCUUCUCUACGUGGACACUGACGUUCUCUUUCUGAGACCUGUGGAUGACAUCUGGAAGCUUCUGAGGCAAUUUAAUUCCACCCAGCUUGCAGCCAUGGCCCCGGAGCAUGAAAUCCCCAAGAUUGGCUGGUACAGCCGCUUUGCUCGGCACCCUUUCUAUGGCUCUGCAGGAGUUAAUUCCGGAGUCAUGCUGAUGAAUUUAACUCGUAUAAGAAGUGCCCAGUUCAAGAACAGCAUGAUUCCAACAGGCUUGCCUUGGGAGGACAUGUUAUACCCUCUGUACCAGAAGUACAAGAAUGCCAUCACGUGGGGAGACCAGGAUUUAUUAAAUAUUAUUUUUUAUUUCAAUCCAGAGUGUCUCUAUGUGUUCCCCUGCCAGUGGAACUACCGUCCCGAUCACUGCAUGUACGGAAGCAACUGCAAAGAAGCUGAGCGUGAAGGUGUGUCUGUUCUGCAUGGGAACCGAGGCGUCUACCAUGACGAUAAGCAGCCAACUUUCAAAGCACUCUAUGAAGCAAUACGGGAUUUUCCCUUUCAAGACAAUCUCUUUCAAUCCAUGUAUUACCCUCUUCAGCUGAAGUUUCUGGAGACUGUGCACACUUUAUGUGGACGAAUCCCACAAGUUUUUCUGAAGCAAAUUGAGAAAACAAUGAAAAGGGCUUAUGAGAAACACGUCAUUGUCCGGGUCGGCCCCAACCAGAUGCGCUGAACAUUUCGUAUUGUUGCAAGUCAAUUAAGCAUCACAUGAAGGAGGAAAUAUUCAUCUUUAAGCCACCUGGAUCUCUUUUGUGUGAUUAUUUAAUGGUGCUAUAUGACAAUUGAGUUUAAAAAGCAUUGUCAAAUGUUGCUAAAUUAGUUGUCCCUAAAAGGAAAUAUGCUUUAAUGUUUUCUAAGAUGCUAUUUAUCUCUCUGUUUUUUAAAAAAUUAUAUUAUUACUCAUUUAACAUUGUUCAAGCAGGUUGAGCUAGCUGUGAAAAAGAACUUUUGUGAGCCUUCCAAUUCCUGUUAAGUGUCUGAGACAAGGUCAAUGGCAUCUGACGUGGUAUAUUUAUCUAGCAUUCCUGAGACUCUUUCUAUGCAAUUGACUCCCCUAUGUCCUUGUUAUAAAAGUAAUACAUGCUUGUUGUAAAACAAAUAAACAAAUUUUUGUAACUUGUAGAGAUUAUAGGUCAGUGGACCAAAAUCAGGAUUAGAUUAGCCAUAAUCCUAUCAACUAGUAAAAAAGAUUGUUAUUUUAAUGUAGUUCCUUCCAGCCUUUUUUUCCCCCACUUUUAUAUUUAUUUGAUGGUUAUCUUUUCCAUUGCAACACAUAUCUAAAACAGGUAGUCUGAGUUAAAGCUGGCCCUAUGCUGAGAUUUUUACGUAAUACUAAAAAUUUAGACAAAAUGAUUAUGUUUACAGUGCUUUAUUUGAAAUACAUCUGGGAAAAGCAUUCAGAUUUCAGCUAAUUGGGCAGUGUUAAAGGAUGAAGGAUGUCUGAGGAUAUUUUUUAAGAAAAAUUGUUUAGAUUGGUGGAAGACUAAAUCUCAAGAAAUGUCUAUGCAGCCAUAGCUUCUGACAGGAAAUUCAGUAAUUGUGUUAAACCUAAGGAGUGUGUUUAGCAAAGAGAUGUGAUUUUCUGUUUGCCCACAGGCAAAAACAUUUUCUCUCUUACAUCAUCAGUAGGUGUGGCCUUCUCUCUUCUUUAAACUCUUGGGGGCUUGGUGGAAAUUAAAGGCCCACUUCGAAUUUAAUGUGUACAAAAUAAAUAGUUCAGCCAAUUCUGUUGGCAAGGAAAUUCGGCUUCCCACCAGCCUUAGGAAGGUCUCUAAUUUUUUUUCUUCUCUAGGGUUACCCAGCUGUUAGCCAAGGAACCAGGCAUGUCUUAUCACCUAGCUACAGUAGAGGAAGUUCUGUAUUCUAUUUCCCAAAGGGAUCUGACUUAAUCCCUAGUUGCUCACAUAGCUGGUAUCAGUAUAAGGGCAUUUUGCAUUAAUGCUUUAUUUAUCUCAAAAAACUCGUGCAUAAAUGAUCUCCUUGAUGUUUGCAACAGCCUAGUGAACUUAGUAGGGGCCCAUAUCGUCUUCAUUGGGCAAAUAAGGAAAUUGUAACACAAAGAAACAAACACCCACUAUAAUUGCUGUUCUAUAAGAUAUACAGUUAUGUAUAAAAUGCAUCCUGUUUUACAGAGAAAUUUUUGGAAACAGAAAUAUUAAAUACUUUUCAUCAUACAUAGACAGUGAUCUGAAAGUAUAAAAUGAAAAAUAUUUUAUUAAUGCAAAUAGGUAUAUAUUGGAAUCCAGUAGGAUACCGUAUAUUCUAUAUCAGCAGAAAAAGUCUUACCCUGAAAAACUAUAUGCCAAUCUCAGCACUACAAAGAAAUAUAUAGAUAUCAAUCAAUACUGGUAUGCAGUACCUUGAUGGUAGUAACAAAUUUAAAUCUAAAAUGUUAGGGUAGUAACCCAUACUUUCCUUUUGAUCAUUUGGUUGGCCUGUGGUUGUUUUUGUUAAGGAAACUACCAUUAUGAUGUGAAACUCUUAUCUUUGCUGUUGUAUUUUAUGUUUCCUCAUUUCACCACUAGAGGUGACAUCAUUCACUAUUUUGUAUCUAAAGGAUAUGGGGCAAUUUUUGCAUUGUCUUUUGGAUGGGGGAAAAUGCAUCCUAUGUACAAAUAGGGUUUUAGUGACAGAGCCAGGAUGUGAACAUGAUUCCCUGACUUUCAUUCCAGUUUUCUUUCAGCAUGGCCAGUAAACCCCACAAAUGUCACUCAUUUGUUGAUGGCUCACAGACCUGAGGAAGUUCCUUUCCUCCUUUGGCGAGUCCCACAAAAGAAAAUCUGCUAUAAAGACUCUGAAUACAGCAAUGACUUCUCUUUUAUGAAAGCCAGAUUUACAUACAACUCUCAAUUAUUGGUUCUGGUCUAAAAAUGCAGAAUAGGAUUUCCAGCAAAGGUCAAGGCCAGAAUUCUAGAACAUUCUAGAACAUUCUAGAAUGAUGCAGUAUGAGACUGUGAAACCUUAGAAUUUGGUGUGGUUUUCUGCCUUGGAAUUCCUUCACUGUAUCCUGAAAUUUUAGGUGAGUUUGGUGGAGAAUUUAAAGAAAAUUUGCUCUUCCAAUCCCUGCUUCCUGAAAGUACUAAUUAUUUUCUAUACUUAUGAUGUUACUGUGAGGCAGUAUUUUCUCUGCCUUUGGUAAUUUCCAGAAAACUUAUACAUGUGCACCUUUGAAAUCUGGGAACCACAAACUUUAAUUCAGUGGACUCCUAAAAUAUGCAGUCUGUGGUCUAAAGUUUGCCAAGGGUUGUGUUGCCCCAUAUGCCACGUUGACUCUAUAUGGGAAGAGCAUGAGACUGCCUCCUACCUUCCUAUCCUGUCCUCUCCUCUCCACCUCUCUUUCCUUCCAUAUUUUGUUUAAUGCAUAUAACUACAGAGUUCCAUUGGAGAAUGAAAGAACGCUUACUAGUAGCAAAAUGUGACAGUAUUUUUGUAUGCAUUGAGAU